ACCGCCAGUCGAUUUUUAACACUUAACGGUGAUAGAGUGCUCUGAGUUCGAAAUCAUGGUUUUCAUUGCAACUUUAGUUUGCCUUCUUAUAACCGCUGCAAGUUUAAUAUUUUAUUUUAUCAAACGCAGAUAUAAUUAUUGGAAAGAUCGUGGAAUUCCACACGAUACACCAGUUUUUCCGUACGGAAAUGUAAAAGAUUACAUGACAACACGUCACGGACGCUAUGUAAUGCAGGAAUACUAUGAAAAAUACAAACACUCCGGACCCUUUGCUGGAAUGUAUUUUUUCAUUACACCAGUUGCUUUCAUUGUGGAUCUUGAUCUUAUCAAAGAUAUUCUUAUUAAAGAUUUCCACAACUUUAGUGAUCGUGGAAUGUUUACAAAUGAUAAAGAUGAUCCACUGUCCGGACAUUUAUUUUCACUUGAUGGUGAAAAAUGGCGAACAAUGCGUAAUAUAGUUUCACCGACAUUUACAUCGGGCAAAAUGAAGUUUAUGUUUCCGACAAUUGUGACAGUUUGUGAUGAACUUUUAGACGUAGUUUCCAAGACGAUUGAAAUAGAUCCAGUUGUUGAAAUUAAGGAUCUGUUGGCCCGAUUCACUACUGAUGUAAUUGGAACAUGUGCAUUUGGUAUCGAAUGCAAUAGUCUCAAGGAUCCGAAUGUUGAAUUUCGUGUUUUUGGUGUGAAUGCGUUUACAAAGACAAGACAUGGUAAAAUAGUUGAAGGUCUUAUAAUUGGAUUUCCGGAAUUGGCGAAAAAGCUGAGAAUGCGUUUGGUUCAUGAUGAAAUUCAUGAUUUUUUCAUGAAGGUCGUCAGAGAUACUGUGGAAUAUCGGGAGAAGAAUUCUAUCAAGCGGAAUGAUUUUAUGGAUUUGAUGAUUGAUAUGAAAAAUUCUGGGGCUGGAUUGACAGUGGAACAGAUUGCAGCUCAGGCGUUUAUAUUUUUUGUAGCUGGUUAUGAAACUUCAUCGACAACAAUGGGAUUUGCACUUUAUGAACUUGCACUUAAUCAGGAAAUUCAAGAUAAACUUAGAACAGAGAUUAAUUCUCGUUAUGAUCAACAUAAUGGACAAUUUAAAUAUGAAGCUAUGGCAGAAAUGCCAUAUAUGGAGAAAGUUAUAAAAGAAACACUUCGCAAAUAUGCUCCAAGUUUGGCAUUGUUGCGAAAAUGUCGCGAUGAUUAUCCAACUAAAAAUCCAAAUUUUACUAUACCCAAAGGAACAAUGAUAUUCAUACAAGUGGAUGCUAUUCAAAAUGAUCCGGAAUUAUAUCCAAAUCCAGACAAAUUCGAUCCGGAACGUUUUAGUCCGGAAGAAGUUCAGAAACGACAUCCAAUGACUUGGUUACCAUUUGGUGAUGGACCAAGGAAUUGUGUUGGAUUGAGAUUUGGAAAGAUGCAAAUUAAUGUUGGGCUGGCAAUGUUAUUGAGAAAUUAUAAAUUUAAUGUUUGUGAAAAGACUCAGAUACCAUUGGAAUUUGAUAUUAAAAAUCCAUUGUUAUCAUCGAAGGGUGGUAUUUAUUUGAGAGUUGAAAAAAUUAAGCAAUAAAAUCAACUUGAUGAGAUCGAUACAA